AGGCAUGUUCAAACUAUUUUUUUUUGAUAUUUUUUCGCUUCUAGUCCCAUACAUUUACUGUAAGUCAAUUCGUACACACCACAAAUAUAUAUUGCUUGGGCUGCCUGUAGUUUAACAGAUCCAUGGCGUCCAAGACGUUCACAGACAGGGAGCUGAACUACUUUCGUAUUUGUUACAUUGUCACGCGUGCUGUACCUGAAGAGCUGAGAAAAUUCUUUAAACAAGAAUGGGACAAGUUUUUCAAGGCUACGCAUGGAGAGUGGCGUGACACAGCCAAGAAUGGAAACGAUUUCGAUAACAUGGAGUCGCCGAGAAAUAAGAGUCGGAAUGCAAGGCUUCUGUCUGUAAUAGUGAAUGGUAACACCAGUGAAUGGGACUGUACUUGCCUCUUUUAUGCUAUUCUAUACUCAGAUUCUCUUGGAAAAUCUCUCAAACAUAGUCCUGCAUGGAAAAGCAUCGACGCGUUACGAAAAAUUCGUAAUAAAGUUUUUGCCCAUACCAUCGAUGGAAGCCUCGAAGACGUGGAUUUUCAAGCUUCUGUUCAAAAAGUUUUAACGGCGUUUUCAACCUUGAAGCUGGAUGCUUCAGCAAUAGAACACAUGAAAAACCAAAAAGUGUUCUUAACAGACGAGGUGCUCAGUCUUCAGCAUCAACUUGAAACAGAAAAGAAACGUAUCGCUGAAUUGUUUUCGUUUUGUGUGUUGCCCCCCAAACCUUCCCAUGAUACCACUGAACGUCCAGAAGAAGUAUCCAGUAUAUACGAAGAGAUGACCAAGUUAAGAAACGCCAAGAACAAUGAGACAACUGUGACGUAUCUGUCUGGGAAUCCAGGCUGUGGAAAAACUGAGAUGGCAAGGCAAAUCGGGCAGAAACAUUUCAAGAAAGAGGGYGAYGAAGGAGCAGAUCUAAGGUUCGUAUUCACUCUCAAUGGAUUYAGCUUGRAUACSYUGCUUCAGUCRUACAUAGARUUYGGUGGUCAWCUCAAUYGYGACCAAGAAMGSAUAACAAMCAUUAGUACAGCACAGGAUYUCAGUAAAGAGRARAAARUCWMACAAAUAAGAGGUUUWRUCGYCWCCAGAAUUCAGACAUAUUCUUCCUGGCUCAUCAUUGUUGAYAACRUCRUAGAUCUUAAGUCGGUUUUYCAAUACUUGCCUCAAGCUGGAGAAAGGACAGUUGGAAAAGGUCAGAUCUUAGUCACAACUCAGGACAGUCAAUCCAUUCAAAAAAGUGAUUCCUAUACGUACCAUACGUCUCUAAGCCAAGGAAUGAAACAAGAAGAAUCGAUUGCUUUACUUUGCCAAGUAUCUGGUUUAGAAAGCGAUGACAACACGUCGGAAGUAGUCAGGGCUCUCGAUUUCCAGCCCCUUGCAUUAGCAUGUGCUGCAGUUUACAUGAAACAAAUAUGCAGUGUAGGAAAAGAUAUUACCUGGGGAAAAUAUCUUGAAAAGCUGCAAAACGACCAACUUGAGGCAACAGAAGCAGCUUAUGAGGUAACAAGUUUAGCUUACCGAUCGACAAUGACUACUGCUGUGAAGUUGGCCUUGGAAAGAGAAGUUGACAAGAACGAGGUAAUGAUGCAUGCGUUUCAGUUUUUGUCUUACGUAGCUCCUGACCCGAUAUCACUGAAAUAUGUCGUUGAAUAUGUUAAGAAGUGCAUGCCAAAGCAGGACGAUGAGCUUCUGGCUGCAAAGAUAGCUUCUUCAUCGCUUGUCAUUUCUUCCGAUGGUGAGUCCAAAGAGGUUCGCUUGCAUCAAGUUGUGUAUGACUGCAUGAAAAAGGUUCUGAGUCAAAGAAAUACAAGCAAAUGUAUUGUGUUUGAAGUGGUUUUGGCCUUUUCAGAUAUUCAUUCUUUUGAUAUGGACAAAAUAUCCGACNUCAUAACGUCACGCAUCUACUAUCGAUAG